AGAAAUUUGGCGUGACAGCAGCAGAACAGAGCAGUAUUGCCUUGUAACGUCAAGUGUGCUAACUGUCGUGAAAGCACAUCGACGGAGAAAGAAGUGUGCAGGACGCUAAUACGUCAGUCUUAUUAUUUGUUCUCCAGUUUGAAAUAUUUACGGCGUAUAAAAUACAUCUUUGAUUCUUUAUUUAAGGAUAAAGUAGUCUCGAUGCGCUAGAAGCAUUGUACCGCUUCUCCUGCUAUAUUUGCUUGUUAGUUAGCUUAGCUCGCUAGUUAGCUUAGCUUGUUAGCUGCUAACAGAAGACACAGAAGUUAUCAACACAUCGCUAAGUAGAGAUCAAGUGUGAGAGUAAGGUGUUGUGAUUGUGUGAAAAUGUCUACAUUACAAAUGUUGAGAGCGUUGGUGGAUCAGCGACUAACUGCUGCCGUUGAAGAAAUAUUUGUAGUGUUAGAAAGAACGAUAGCAGAAUACGAGGCGGAACUUUCUAGAACAAAAGAAGAGAACAAUCAACUACUGGACGCUGUUUUCAAGGAACAUCGAGUUGUGUUACACAGAACAGACGUCGAAGAAGAACAUCUUCCUCAUGAGCAUGAAGAAGAGGUACCACAUUCCCAUCACAUUAAAGAGAGAGGGGAGGAGCCACAGCCCCCCCACAUUAAAGAGGAACACAAGACAUCACAGACCCAUAGUGUUAAACUGACCCUUCACAUUAAAGGUCAAGCGGAGGACCCACUGACCCCUCACUUUAAGGAGCAAGAGAACCCGCUGACCCCUCACAUUAAAGAGGAAAAGGAGGACCCACUGAACCCCUACUUUAAAAAGGAAGAGGAGGACCAAGAGCCGCUGCACAUUAAAGAGGAGGAGGAGGAACACCGCAUCAGUCAGCCAAAAUGUUUGGAGGAGUUCCCAGUGACUGGUGUCCCUGUGAAGAGUGAAGCUGAUGAGGUCAAAGGUGAAAGUGAGGAGAAGAGAGAGGAGGAGCCUCCAAGCAGCAGCUCAACACAACACAUGACAACAGAAGCUGAUGGAGACCACUGUGGAGGAUCACAAGCAGACAAGCUCUUAGCUCCACUAUCAGAUAGUGAGGACACAACGUCACACUCUCCUGACACUGAUGAUGAAGACUCUAAAGAUGAUAAGACAUGUCACACUGACAACACUCACUUGAAAUGUUCUCACUGUGACAAAACCUUUAAAUACCAUAGUAUUCUGAAAAGACACAUGAGAAGACACACUGGAGAAAAACCUUUUUCUUGCUCAGAAUGUGGUAACAGUUUUGUAACAAGUGGAAAUUUGACAUUACACAUGAGAACACACACCGGAGAAAAACCUUUUAUCUGUUCACUCUGUGGUAAAGGUUUUGUACAAAGUCACAAUUUGAAAAUACACAUGAGAACACACACUGGUGAAAGACCUGUUAUCUGUUCAAUAUGUGGUAAAAGUUUUACACAAAGUCAACAUUUGAAAGUACACACUAGAACACACACUGGUGAAAAACCUUUUAUCUGUUCAAUCUGUGGCUCAUCUUUUACAAGGAAGACAUAUUUGAAAGUGCACAUGAGAACACACACUGGAGAAAAACCUUUUUCCUUUUCAACCUCUGGUAAAGGUUUUACACAAAGUCAAUAUUUGAAAGUACACACGAGAACAUACACUGGUGAAAAAUCACAUUCCUGUUAAUAUGCAACAAAAGCUUUUGUGACUGAUCAAACCUUGGAAGACACAUGAGAACACACAAGAGAAAAAGUGUUGAGUUGCAGUGUGUGUGGUGAAAGAUUCUCUUAUAAGUACCAGUGUAAGAAACACAAGUGUGCUGGUGAGAACAGCAGCGGCAAAUGAAAUUGCAGGAUUUGAAAUAAACUGUCAAGACUUUAAUUUUGACUUUCUAACAACAUCAGCACAUAUAACAUGUGUGACAUUUUUGUUUGUGUAACAAUCUUUUUAACAUGCUUCUACGUUUAUAGAUUGGAUAGUUUGAAAUAUGGAAGUAUUACAUGUUUGUGUUUGUAAUUGUUAAUAAUCCCAUAGAUUAGCCCCUAUUUAUGGUAUACAUAUGUACUGGUUCACAUCUGAAACAUCUUCUGGACCACUUCAGGAAGCAUAUUAUUAUUCACUUUAUACAUCAUUUGAACAGUUGUCUUUUAUUAACUUUUAAAAUGUGUGACUUUAUGAAUCAUUUGUUGGGUCUCUAUAUUCAAUUUUAUUAAUUAUCUUUUGUAAUAUGGUGAUUGUUUUUUAUGUAUGUCCCCAGACCUUUAUGCAAUAUAAAAGUGAGAGAAAAUGGCUGAAUUGUUUGUGGAAUGAUGUUUUUUUUACAAACUUACAUUCGUGGAUAAAACAAAAAAUCCUAUUAUUGGGUUUUAGACAUUUUUAAUGUAUGUUUUCUUUUUAAACAUCCCCAAAACAAUAUCAAUCAAAGUUCGGAGUGUCAGGCAAAAGCCAAUAUUGUACAUCAUCCCACAGAGAUUUACUUUGCAUACUGUUGGAGCCAAAUGUCCUUAUUUGUUUAUAUUGUUUUUAUUUUGUUUUCUCUAGUUGAUUGCUGGCCUCUGUUCUUGCUGAAUUUCCUUUUCGGCAGAUUGCUCCGCCCACUUCCUCUUGAGUACCAGGAAGUGUUGACAGGGAUGGGACCGUUGCUAUGGUGCGGUUGCCACGGUAACGUCAUUUAAUUGGGUUCAGAUGGGAGCACUCGGGGGGGAUUGCAUGUAGGACACGAAGAGUUUACGGCCGUGCCGUGUGUGGUCAGUUCUCGCUGCUGUG